GUGUGUGUGUAGUCCACUGCUGUACCUGCCUGCUAGCUAGAGUGUGUCUGUGUGUGUGUAGUCCACUGCUGUACCUGCCUGCUAGCUAGAGUGUGUCUGUGUGUGUGUAGUCCACUGCUGUACCUGCCUGCUAGCUAGAGUGUGUCUGUGUGUGUGUAGUCCACUGCUGUACCUGCCUGCUAGCUAGAGUGUGUCUGUGUGUGUGUAGUCCACUGCUGUACCUGCCUGCUAGCUAGAGUGUGUCUGUGUGUGUGUAGUCCACUGCUGUACCUGCCUGCUAGCUAGAGUGUGUCUGUGUGUGUGUAGUCCACUGCUGUACCUGCCUGCUAGCUAGAGUGUGUCUGUGUGUGUGUAGUCCACUGCUGUACCUGCCUGCUAGCUAGAGUGUGUCUGUGUGUGUGUAGUCCACUGCUGUACCUGCCUGCUAGCUAGAGUGUGUCUGUGUGUGUGUAGUCCACUGCUGUAUCUGCCUGCUAGCUGGAGUGUGUCUGUGUGUGUGUAGUCCACUGCUGUAUCUGCCUGCUAGCUAGAGUGUGUCUGUGUGUUUCAUACACAUGUUGGACUACGCCCUUGGACUUGACCUUUGGACUACCUGAGGUAGUUUACCUGGCUUUCAGCUGUUGUCGAAGCUCACCAGGUUUUUCACAGGUACCGUCUCUGACCUGCUGGAGUUCACCUGUCUCUGGGUGUUGACCUGUGUAUAUCUGACUGACUGGGAGUUACUACCCCUGUUGGAGUUCACCUGUUAGAGGGAGCUCAGCUGUGUAUCAACACGUGCCUCUCUGCUACUGGAGUUUACCUGUGUGAAGGAGUUUACCUGUGUGAAGGAGGUUUACCUGUGUGAAGGAGUUUACCUGUGUGAAGGAAGUUUACCUGUGUGAAGGAGGUUUACCCGUGUGAAGGAGGUUUACCUGUGUGAAGGAGGUUUACCUGUGUGAAGGAGGUUUACCUGUGUGAAGGAGUUUACCUGUGUGAAGGAGUUUACCUGUGUGAAGGAGUUUACCUGUCUGACUGAAACACCUGUUGGAAUUCUGACCAACUAAUUCUUGGAGCUUCUCUCUCCUGCUGGGGUUCACUUACCUCAGAGCAGAGACCUGCAUCCUCCAGCUGUGUGUGUGUGUGUGUGUGUGUGUGUGUGUGUGUGUGUCAGGAUGAUGGAAGAAGUGUCUAUCAGGGUGGCAUAUGACUCCCACAUCAUAGACCAGAUGACCGAGGAGGAGAUACUGGCCUGCCUGAUGGCCGAGUCUAUACCCAAACACACGGUUCCCAGUAAGAAGGCCACGCCGAGAGAGAACCAGACGCAACAACAGGAUGACCACGUAGAUAGAUACCAGAGGGAGAACCGUCAGCUGCAGCAGGACAGUCUGCGUCUGGAGCAGGAGAAUGAUGUUCUGGCCCACAGACUGAUCACCAGCAAGAUCUCCCUGAGGACUGACCUGGACCAGGCAGAAGACAGAGUGAAUGAACUGACCAAAGAGUUGCUGAAGACCAGAAAGAGAUUAAAGAACGCAGAGGAGGAGAAGAGAGGGAAAGAGGAGGAGGCUGCUCAGUUGAAGGAGGUGUUUAGUGCAAAGCUGGACAAGGCUGAACAAGAGGUGAAAAGGAGCUCAGGCAUCAUCUCAGACUACAAACAGAUCUGUUCCCAGCUGACCAGUCGGGUGGAGAGGCAGCAGGCGGCCCACAGAGAGGACCUGGACAAACUCAGGAAUGCUGUGCUGGCAUGUUCUUGCUGCCGACAGGCUCUAGAUUCUCCUGUUAUGGAAGGCUUCGGUUCCACAGCCCCGUACCAGAGAAGUAUCAGCACCAGAGAACCAGGCCAGCAGAGAGACCAGGAAACAGAACCAGACCAGCAGACGACUGGUACCAGGGAACAAGACCAGGAGAAGGUGUGUCUGAGUGGCCAGGUCACAGAGCUGGAGAAAGAGCUGGCCCAGACUAAACUACAGAUGGUGGAGGCCAAGUGCAAGAUCCAGGAGCUGGAACACCAGAAGGGUGUGCUGCAACGUGAUCUCCAGACAGCUAGGAACAGCUGGCUCAGUAAGACUGUGAGCUCCAUACGGUCAGCCGGAGGGGGUCUGCAGAGCAGCAGCCUACCCAGUGGGAGAGCCUCAGCAAUGGGGCGUUCUCUCCAUGGCCUCCCCCUCUCAGCCUGGAGCUCCAGGUGACUGUCUGACAGAGAGAUGGAAGGGAGGGGGAGAGACAGAAAGAGGAAAUACUAAGAGUAUAGAUAAUAUGUAUUGGAAUGAUUAGACAUGUCUAUUGGUGACUGUUUGUUUCUGCAUUCUAGUCCCUAUUUUGGUUUUAUUUGUUAUUGUCAUUUUUUAUUUUCAAUAUUUUAUUAUUGAUACAGGAAUUGUAUGUUUUAUGUAUUGCUUUGGCUGCAUUGUGUUGUCCCUAAAGCGUGUGAAUAACUGAAUCCAAUGAUCAAACCAUACAUCCCAAUGCUAACACUCCUUUCUGCAUGCACACACACACACACACACACACACAACUCUUUAAACAAAACUCCAAACUGGUAUUACUUGUAUGGCACCCAGUCCUUCAUUCAAAACCUGUCAUUGUGCAUUCAUUUUUUGAUUUGAUUUGUUACAUACAGUACAUCUCUGAUCUUGUCAAUAUCAGAUUUUCUUUUUAACUUACAGUGAAGUAAAAUCAAUAGUCAUCA